CGGCAGACAGCGGAGUGCUGGAAAGAUCGCUGAAACGAGGAAGGGUGCCUUUAUUCUACCACUGAAACCUGAUGCUUCCGAAUCGCGCAGCUGUCUCCUUUUAGGGCAGGCACAGUGCGGCGAAGUUAUCCAAGACCAGUGGAGCCAGUCAUAUCGACAACAUGGGCAAGAAGAAACACCGCCAGGCCGAUGCUGGCCCUGACAGCUACAAGCCGGUAUUUGCAGGGUCUAAGUCGAACGGAGGCGCCAGUAUCAACCCUGACCUCAGGUUGAUUGCGCAAGAAUCUGAUCACGAUGCGGCCAGCGCCAGCACCAAUGGCGAUGAUUCGAGCUGCGACUUCCGGAGGAAAUCACAUCUAACUGCUAUUAAUGGUCUCCACACCGCCCGGAACUCUUCGAAUGGCCAGGGUGCCCAAGGGUGGACCAACGAGGAUUCUUCAUCCGUUCUCAAGGCUGCGGCUCAAGCAGGCUUCGCCAACUUCAAGGCUGGUUCUUCUGGCCUCUCGCCCACGAAGAACGCGAGUGGGGCGUCGGCGAACCCCAUGAAGGGCAAGUGGAAAGCGUUGGAAAGGAAUGUCGACACCCGGAUUCUGGAAUCCAGGAAAGAGCUGCCUAUUUGGGCAGGGAGAGACGCAAUCGUCAAGGCUGUGCGUGAAAAUGAUACCGUGAUUCUCCUGGGAGAGACGGGCAGCGGGAAAACGACCCAAAUACCACAGUUCUUGUAUGAGGCUGGCUUCUGCGGUGCAGCUUCCAACUCCAACGACCGAAGCCAGAACCUUCUCAUCGGCGUCACCCAGCCGCGUCGAGUGGCAGCCAUCUCGCUGGCCCGGCGUGUCGCUCAAGAGAUGGGGUGUCCUGAUCCGCAAAGUCUCAGUCAUGCUGUGCUUCAUGGCUCCGCUAAAGGGAGCAUGUGGCGAAAGAGCACUUUUACCAAUGGCGGCGCCGAGACUGAUGGCGCAGCUUCUGCUGCAGCACAUGCUGGCCCAAGCAAAGACGAUGCCCUCGUGGGCUACUCGAUUCGAUUCGACGAUCGCACCGGUCCAUCGACACGCAUCAAAUUCAUGACGGAUGGCUUUGUCCUUCGUGAGAUGAUGGGUCGAGGCCUGCAAACUCUUGCGCAGAUGAUAGAAACGAACGCCGGUUGCCGAAACCUACAACCAUCGCUGUUGUCGCGCUAUUCGGUUCUGAUCAUCGACGAAGCGCACGAAAGGACCCUCGAUACCGAUCUUGUCCUCGGCCUCGCCAAAAGCAUUCAACGCGAUCGAAAGCGCAGGCGGCUAGAAUGGUUACAGUCCAAGAAUAAUGACGCUAGCACGGAAGUGAAUGGAAAAGCACGUGACGAAGCACCGCCAGAGCUCAAGAUCGUCGUCAUGAGUGCUACUUUGGACGCACAAAAAUUUGCCGACUUUUUUGGACAACAGAGCGCAGGAAAGAUAGCGCCAGCGCCUAUCCUAUACGUGCAAGGCCGACAGCACGCGGUCGACAUAUGCCACACAGUCGACAGCUGCGAAGAUUGGGCGGACGCAGCACUUCGAACAAUUCUGCAGGUCCAUCUGGAGAACCCUCCAGGCGAUGUUCUGGUGUUCAUGACUGGUCAGGAGGAGAUCGAAAAGUUGCGCAGUCAGCUCGAGUCGUAUGGAAAAGAGUUGAAAGCAUGGCACGAGACCAAGCUGGAAGGCGCACCUGCGGAAGACGUCAAUGGAGCAGGCAAUCCCAAUAAAAGACGACGGAUUUCAAAACAGCCGCCAGAUGAUAUGCUCGUGCUACCUAUGUAUGCUGCGCUUGGCUCAGACGCAAGCAUGGCCGUCUUCCAACCCACGCCGCCGCGCACGCGCAAGAUUGUCCUGGCGACGAACAUUGCCGAAACGUCGGUCACCAUCCCUGGCAUCAAGUAUGUCAUCGAUUCGGGUCUGUCUAAAGUCAAAAAAUACUCACACGCGACCGGCGUCGAGAUCCUCGAGUCCGAGCCCAUCUCACGGUCCUCAGCGAUGCAACGUGCAGGUCGUGCAGGACGUGAUGGGCCGGGGACAUGCUUUCAUCUAUACACGAAGCACGCCUUCGAAGGCCUCGCGGAGAGCCCCACGCCUGAUAUCCUCAAAGUCGACCUUGCAAACGCAUGCCUGCAGCUCUGUGCCGUUGGCCGCAACCCGAUGAGCUUCGACUGGCUCGAUGCGCCCGCGGGGGAUGACAUUGCGCAAACCAUGGUGCGGCUCAUGCAGCUCGGUGCGAUUAUUCUGGAGAAGGCGGGCGAAUCGCAGGAGGCACCUGCGAUCUCUCCGCUGGGGGCCAAAAUGGCUAUGCUUCCGCUCUCACCGUCGUUUGCUCGUGUUUUGUUGGCGGCGGGGCAGGUCUCACCGACGGUGGCGCGACAAGCACGGGACCUUGUGGCGAUCCUCAGUGCCGACCGGGGUAUGUUUUUCGAGCCGAACGAUUCGGAGCGGAAAGAGCAAGCAUCACUUGCGCGCGCCAGCCUGGCUCAUCGGAGCGGCGAUCACGCGACGUUCCUCUCUGUGCUGUACCAAUUCAUCGCCAUAUCAGAGCAAGCAGUGAAGUUCGCAAAAACGCCCAAGCAAGGGCGAGAGGAGGUUCGUGCCUGGUGCGAGAAGCACUUCAUCCACUAUCGCACCAUGUCGAACAUUUUCGCCAUCCGGCAGCAGCUCAAGCGCAUCUGCAAGCAGCGGGGGAUCGUCUGCGAUGACGAGGACGGCAGCUCCUUGCAUCGAAAGCGCGACGGGUCCACCGCGGGUUCUUCCUCGCAAGAUUUCAACAACGACGAUGAUGGCGACAACGGCGACGGCCAAGAUAAAGCGUUCUUCGCCGGUGCCGGCGCCGCUACUGCGGAUGGCAUGUUUGUCAGUCGCCCGGGCCAGCAAGCUGCUAUGCGCGCCAAUUGGCAGACGUUGCAGGAUGAAUCGUAUGAGCAACUGCGCAAGGCAUUGCUGCCUGCGCGCACGCACCAAUGUGCUUACCGCAACCCCGAAGGGCCGGGGUACAAGCGUGGUAGUGAUAUCGUUAAAAUACACCCAUCCUCUGUCCUCGCACAUCGACAGCCGGAUGUGAUUGUGUUUGAGGAAGUGGUCUUGACGUCUCAGCUGUUUGUGCGCUGCGUCAGCGCGAUCGAAGCGAGCUGGCUGUCCGAAGCGAUAGCAGGCGUGAGACAGAUUGUGGCAGUCUAACUUUUUAUCACAAUGAUGUCAAUGGAUAGGACUUGCAAAACAGGCCGGCUUGCCUUCCUCUUGAUCGAUUCGCU